AUGAAAAGCGCUUUUUUGAUACUUGCAAUUCUGAUUAGUUGUGUACUUUCGUAAUCCUAAACUUAUUACUAUGAUAAGGUGGAUGAUAAAAUAGUUAAUGGAACUGUAGUUCAACAAAAAUUCAAGAGAAACAGUCAAUCGCUGCCAAACGGUAUUUAGAAUGUCGUAGAGGAUAUUCAAAUAUUGAUUACUAGCUAGGAUGCAAAUAUUUUAGAUAUAUAAAUAAAGCCUUUGGAAAAAACGGAUAAAAUCUAUGAAUUUAUUGAGUUAGAGCCAUUUAAUUCUUUGUAUAAUGAAACUAUUAAUAAUAAUGUUAAAAGUGAAAGUGAAUACAUUUACAGCACAGAAAUUAUUAAUAACGGAAUUAAGGUCACAAGAAAAGAAACUAAUGAAGUUAUAUUUGAUACUUCACCUUUCUCCUUUUUGCUAAACUAAGUUUACAUGGAAGUUUCUACAAUAAUGCCUACUAUAAAUUUAUUUGGGUUAGGUGAAAGAAACUAUAAACAUCUUCGUUUACCUCCAGGAGUAUAUACCUUGUAUGGCAGAGAUGAACCAUCUGUAAUUGAACAAGGAAGAUCAGGUGGUAAUGUUUAUUCAUCUCAUCCUAUGUAUUUAAUGAGAGAGUAAUCAGGUAAUUUCCAUGUAGUGUUUCUGAAAAAUAGUGCUGGUAUAGAUGCUGAAAUUAGAUAAAAUUCUGUUACUUUUAAAGCAAUUGGAGGUAUAGCUCAUUUUAAGCUAUUUUUAGGAGAUAAAAAUCCAGAAACCGCAAUAAAAAUGUAUCAUAAAUACCUUGGUGGUGGCUACAUAAUUCCUCCUUUUUGGUCAUUAGGUUUUCAUCAAUCUAGAUGGGGAUACAAAAGUGGAAAUCAAUUAAAUUCUGUAGUCGACUAAUACAUAUAGUCAAAUAUUCCUAUUGAUACUAUUUGGUCAGAUAUAGAUUACUUUAAAAGUAAAAAGACAUUUGCAAUUGACAGAGACAACUAUUAAAAAGAAGAUUUCAAUCGUCUUAAAAAAAAAUAGAUCAAAUUUAUUGGAAUUAUUGAUAGUGCAAUUGGAGCAGAUUAAAAUAUUGGUGGCUUAGCUAAUAUCGAAGAAUAUGAUGCCUUUUGUAGAUCUCCUGUUUCAGGUGAAUAUUUCAAAGGCAACUAAUGGGCAGGAGAUUCUUAUUUUGUUGAUUUCUUUAACCCUAAUUCUGAAAAGUUAUUUGAAGAUGGUAUUAAAGAAAUGGAAAGUCAUUUACUUAAAAUAGAUGGAAUAUGGCUUGACAUGAAUGAACCUGCUAAUUUCUGCAAUGGAGAGUGUGGGUGGAGACGUUAUAGUAAACCAGAUAAAUCAUUUAUAGCUUAGCCUUUUAAUUUUCCUUAUGUCAUAGGAUAAAGAGACCUUGCAACUAAAACUUUACCCCCUCAUUUGUUACAUUAUGGAUAUUAUUAUCACAAAGAUGUUCAUAAUAUGUAUGGAAUGGCUGAAACAUAUAUCACUUACAAAAUACUAAAAAAAACUUAAUCUCAACCAUUUAUUUUGACCAGAAGUUCUUUCCCUGGUACAGGAAAAUAUUCUUUUAAGUGGAGUGGAGAUAAUCAUUCCAAUUUUGAGUUUCUUUAAACAUCUUUGCCAACUUAAAUCUUAUUUAACAUAUUUGGUAUUCCUAUGAUUGGGUCGGAUAUUUGCGGUUUCAUGGGAAAUACUACACCCGAACUUUGCACUAGAUGGAUUUAAUUAGGUAUCACUUAUCCUUUUGCAAGAAACCAUAAUAAUGACCAAGCUCAAAAUUAAGAAUUAUAUGCAUUAGGUGAAUAAGUUAAAUCAACAUCUAGAAAAAAUUUGAAAUUUAGAUAUUCAAUUUUAAAACAUAUGUACACACUUUUUAUCAAAUCAGAGAGAGUAGGCACAAUACAAAGACCUCUCUUCUUUGAAUUCCCUGACUGUGAGUAAUGCUACUAAGAUGAUGUCUUAGACUUUUAAUUUAUGAUGGGCUCUGAACUUUUAUUUACCCCAGUUCUUCAAGAAAACAUUGAUUCAAUCAAGCCUUUGUUCCCUUAAGGCAAAUGGUUUGACCUCCUUACAGGUAUGGAGACUUCCUCAAGUUCUUCUAAUCAAGGAAAAAGAAGAAAAGUGUAUAAUCCUUUAGAUGCAGUUAUACCUGUAUUUUUAAGAGAUGGGUAUGGUAUUGCACGCUAGGAAACCAAAGGAGUUAUCAACACAAAGCAGCUUGAUGAUAACUUUAAUUUAAUUUUUGGCUUAAGAGAAUAGAAUGAAGAUGAAGUUGAAAAGUAAAGCUUAUCUUAUCUGUAUUCUUCACAGAUUACAAUGCUUGACCUUGGCUAAUAAUAAUAUUUUGAUGAAUCUCACAUUGAAAAUGUUUGCAUGGAAAAUAAACAGUGUGUUUUCACAGUUGAUCUAGAGAUUAGCAAAGAUAAAUAAAAUAAUUUCUCAUUCAAAAUCAAAACUUCUAAAAAGAUUCAAUCAUCCAUAAAAUUCAAACAAAUAACCUUAUAUGGUGCCCCACAAUUUAUUUCAAACAAUCUGCAAAUUUGUGAGAUUAACAAACAACAUGUAUUUAAGGUAUCGAAGCUUUCUACUAAAGGCAGCUACGAUCUAGUAUUUACAUCUAAUAUAAAAUUCUCAGAUUUCUCAUCAGACAAUGAAUUGGUAUUGUGUUUCAAGAGUGUUUGA